CCAAAAUAUAACUGUAAUCAUGUCUAACUGGGACAAGAAGAGAUACGUUCCCAAGGAAGGUGGGUCUUUUUUACCUCCUCAAUUGAACGACUUUACCAACAAAUCAACAGAUGAAAUAGUAAAAGAAUUGAAUAAAUUGCCCUUUUUCAUGACUAGUUUGAAUGAAGAAAAUAGUGAAGAUAACAUGCAAUUAGAAGCCUUGAAAGCACUAGUGUACGAUGGAGAACCAGAAGAAAUAGCAACAAAUUUCAAGAACCAGGGAAAUGAUUGUUUUAAAUCUAAAGACUACAAAAAUGCUGUCAUAUACUACUCCAAGGGCAUUGCUGUAUUGACCAAUCCCGAAAAUAAAACUGAAUCAAAUAUUGUGGAUUUAGAUAUUCUAAAAGUUUUAUAUUUAAAUCGUUCAAUAGCUAAUUUCAAUUUAAAAAACUACAGAAGAUCCAUCAAUGAUUCCAAAGAAGUACUAAAAAUCGAUAUCAAAAACAUAAAGGCUUAUUAUCGAAUUGGGCUAGCUUAUCUCGCAUUAGACAAGUUUCAAGAGGCUAAAGAAUCUGUUCAAUUUGCUGAGGACUUGAUGAGAUCAGAUACUUUGUUGAAGACUAAAACAAAUGAAUUAUCAAUAAAAGGCUUGAAUGAAAAAAUUAAACAAAGACAAGAGUAUUUUAAUCAAAUUGAGAAAAACAGAAAAUUAAAAGAGCUCAAGGAAAAAUUUUUGUUAAAGGCCACUCAAAUUAGAAAUAUCAAGUUGUUAAGUAGUUCAGAUUCGUACAUAAACAACAAGGCCUCCUUUGAUGAAUAUUUCAAAAACUCGAAUUUGAAUCUCGAGUAUUACCUUGAAGAUUUUAAAGACAUUCAAUCUCAGUUAAUUUUUCCUGUGAUAGUGAUUCAUCCUAUUGAAAAUAAGUUUGAUUUUGUUCAAGCCUUUGGAGAGUUAUCCAAUGCUUCAGAUUUAUUAAAAUUGCUCUAUAACGAUGAUAAUGAACGUUAUUUUAACAACAUCAAGAGAAAGCAAAUAUUUUUAGAAACUGAUAAAGGUGGUUUGAUUAAGUUGGGCAAAAAUGUUGAAAUCUCUCAAGUUUUGCAACAACAGGAACCUAAAAUUCCUUUAUUUGAUAAAUGCUUAAGAGUAUAUAUUGUUGAUAAAAGUGAUAUUUCCAGUUGGAUAAAACAAUGGAAAGAAAACAAAGAAAAAAAUGAUUCUGAAAGAUAAACUAUAUAGCCUUUACUUUUAUUUAUUUAUUUAUUUAUUUAUUUAACUAAUUAAAUUGGGAUUUUUCAAGCC